AUGGCCAGCGUCAUCCUCGACAGCUACAAGCAAUGGGCCAGCGGUAUGGACGUCGUGCUCAUGGACUGGGUCGACCCCACCCUGCGGUACCGCCAGUCUCCCAUGAAAGACUACUUCUUGGCCGACUUUGGCACGGUGUUUGCGCUCUGCGUGAGCUACCUCACGUUCGUUGUAGUCGGCACGCUCGUGAUGAAGUCGGGCGUUCGUGCGCUCAACACGGCGCCUCUGCAGUUUAUCUACAACCCCAUCCAAGUUGUGCUGUGCUCGUACAUGACUGUGGAGGCCAUCCUUCAAGCCCGUCGCAACAACUACUCAGCCACUCCGUGCAAUGCCUUCAACCACGAGAGCCCUGUCAUGGGGAAUCUGAUGUACAUCUUUUACCUGUCUAAGGUACUGGACUUCUGCGACACCUUCUUCAUUGUUAUGGGCAAGAAGUGGAAGCAGCUUUCAGUGCUGCACGUAUAUCACCACGUCUCUGUCUUCUUUUGCUACUGGGCCAACUUCCGCACAUCGUACGAUGGCGACCUGUACAUGACUAUCGUGCUCAACGGCGGCGUGCAUGCAAUCAUGUACAUGUACUACUUCGUGAGCUCGCACACACGCGAGAUCUGGUGGAAACCUUACUUGACGAUGGUCCAAAUGAUCCAGUUUUUGCUCAUGAAUGCGCAAGGCUACCUCAUGGUGUCGCGCUCGUGCCCAGGCAUGCCCUACAAGAUUGCUGUCAUGUACCUCAUCUACGUGCAGUCGCUCUUCUGGCUCUUUAUGAACUUUUUUAUCGUCAACUACUGUCUGAGCUCGCGGAAGCCAAAGUUGGUUGAGGCUGAGAAGAAGGUGCUGUAG